AUGGCUGAGGUAGCAAAGACGGUGGCCCGCCAAUUGCCCGGCUUCAAGCUGGGACAGAAGCAGGUCUUUCUGCCCAACCAUGUAAUCACAUUCCUCCGAAAGGACUUCCUCCCGCCCAACGAGGCCACCUUCAAGGUGCCCCUGCGGUUCACGAAAUUCGAUCUCCGAGACUACCUCUGGAAUCUUUACAAUGUCGAGGUCACAAAGGUCCGGUCGUAUGUCAAGCCGCAACCCCUCACCCAGCGCAACUCGCACUCGCGCUCGUGGUACCGCCCGCAGCCCCUCAAGAUCAUGACGGUCGAGCUGGCCAAGCCCUUCCAGUGGCCCGAAGUCCCCGAGGACAAGCAGGCCUGGAGCAACCAGUUGUGGCAGAUGCGCGAGGAUCUCAUGGACAAGCGAAACGACGAGCACAUCCAACGCCAGCGAUUCCAGAUUGGAUUGAAGAGCAAGGAGCCCUGGAGCAAGGAGAGACAGGCACUAUCGGAUGUGGCAAAGAAGUAUCUGUCAGGCGAGGAGAAGUGGUCCAACGACGUUGUUCUCGACCCCAAAUGGGACAAGAUUUUGGAAAAGAAGGACACAACGCCUGCGCAAAAGGAGGCUUGA